UUUGCUUCAGGUGAGGAGAAAGGCCGGUGUUUUACUAUUGAGUACAUGAUGCCCACUAGCAUCCAGAUGACCUCUGAUUCAACAAUCAGUGUCCUGAAGAUGAUCCGCUCGUCCACACCCUUUCCUCUGGUCAGCCUCUUCUUCAUGUUCAUCGGUUUUGUACUCAGCAACAUCGGCCACAUCCGACCUCACCGCACCAUCCUGGCCUUCAUUUCUGGAAUCUUCUUCAUCCUGUCAGGUCUCGCUCUGGUGGUUGGUCUGGUGUUGUACAUCUCCAAUAUUAAUGAUGAGAUGUUGAACAGAACCAAAACCAAUGAGGCUUAUUUCAUCUACAAGUAUGGCUGGUCAUUUGCCUUUGCUGCCAUCUCCUUCCUGCUCACUGAGGCUGCAGGAGUCAUGUCGGUGUACCUGUUCAUGAAGCGCUACACAGCAGAGGAGAUGUACCGGCCUCACCAGGGCUUCUACCGGCCGCGCCUCAGCAACUGCUCCGACUACUCCGGCCAGUUCCUCCACCCGGACGCCUGGGCUGGGCGCGGACGAAGCGCCUCCUCCAUCUCCUCCGAGGCCUCGCUCCAGAUGAACGCCGCCAGCUACCCUGCUCUCCUCAAGUGUCCCGAGUACGAACAAGUGUCCUCCUCACCGUGCUGAGGCAGACCAUAAGUCAGCACCGCAGGGGUCAUCUAUAUCUAUCUCGAUAUUAGUGUAUAGUGGUGCGAUGAUUUGAUAUUAUCUUUAAUCGCACCCCUCUUCUCUAUACCCUCUACUGCCGAUUUCUUUGUUUACACUUUUUGCUUCUGUGGGGAGCAAAACCUGAGGUGAGGGUUAGCUGGUUCCCUUUAUUCUCCUCAGCUCAGUGUUGUGUCACAGGGAGCUGUUAGAGAAUGAGAAGGGGAAGGGUUUGACCAGGUUGUACUUUCCUCUGUAGUUGUUAGUGGUAGAAACUAGAAACCUGCUAAAGCGUUGGUAGGAAGAAGUCCUCUGAAAGGAGUAAAGUGAGAAGCAGCAGGCCAGCUCACUAUUGGUGUGUAUAGUACAAUCCAAUCCUGAUAGCUUUCUGACUGAAGUACACACUGCACCUCUGCAGACAUGCAGCGUUCUGAACUGGAUAGGCAACGAAGUGCAAUGGACUCAGAGUGCAAGUUUUUUAAAAUCAAAUGCAUGUACUUUCAGCCAUGAAAGCAGAAACUAGUUAAAUCACCUAGGUAAAGGAAACACUUUCUGAAAAUGAUUAAUCUUAUAAGGUGCUUAGAGAAACAUUUCCUAAGGUAAAAGCACAAAUUGUGCAGACUUGAGAUUUUUAAGAUCCUGUUUUUCAAAUUGUAAGCUGUUUUAGUGAACACAAGGAACUUUCACUCACAUCCCCAGUUUGUGCUGGAAAAUAGCUUUUUCAAUAUUAUACUGUUAGGCAUGUCCAUGUAAAGUCUUGUACUAGAACUCAGUUUAGGCUUAUCAAACACAUGAUGAAUGUGGAUUUCAACUAUGAUCUUUUUUAAACAAAUCAUUUGAAUAGGCCUAAAGGGUUGUAUGAUCUCUAAACCACUUGCUGAUCACACUGGCUCUCAGUUAACAGACAGAAUAACUUGUAUUCCUCCUGUAGGUCCUGUGAAUAGUGGCUAUUGAUUAUGUAGCCACAGGUGUUUUCCUUUAAACUGUAACUGAAGGUGGAAGACUGCUUUUUAGUUUUUACAUGUAUAUAUGGUUGAAUCACGCCAUGUGAAAUGCUUCAUUAGGGAGCCUGUGUUCAUUGGUCCCCUUCAGCAGUUAAGUAUAAAAGAAAGUUUGUUUUGUAGGCUGCUUGUCCGGGCAUACACAGUAUGACUUUGAAGGCAUUCAUCUGAAUAUAAUAAUGGUUAUAUAAAUGUUAAUGUUGUAUUGUUUAUUCUUGUAGUUAACAAAAGCUUUGAUUGCAAAGCACACUAUUAAGAAAAGGACUGCUUUACAUCAAACAAUACAGAUAUAAAUAAGCCUUUAUUCUCAGAGAACCUAUGUUUCCUGUUUUAAGUGGUGUCCUUAGUUAGUGGUGCAAUUAAAGACAAAAAGUGUAUCGAACCAACAUUUAAAAAGAAAGCAAGUUGUACACGGCCUAUACUGUUUGUGUUGAUAUCAAAAUCAUUAAGUAUUUAUACUUUCAAAGGGGUAAAGAUGGAGUUUGUGUGGAGAUGGAGAAUGUAUAUGAGUUGGGGGGUUGUUAAAGAAUAUUUUGGAAUGGAGCCAUUGUGAAUGUAAGAUAAGAAACUGCUUAAUCGUAUUUAUUUGUGUACUUUAAAAUACAUCUCCUUCAGAGAUAUGUUACACCAAGUUAUAGAUGCAUAUUUUUAUAAUUGUAUUCUUAGUUAACAUAUACUGCUAUCAUCAGUGUGCAGAGGAAGACGCUGUUUCCAGGUUAAGUGGUUUAUUUAGUGUUAAAUAAAAUGAUAAAUAAAU